AAACUAUUUUGAGGUUUCACCAGAGAAUCUACUGGAAAUCCUUGUGAAAUGAAGCGAACUCUGCUGAUUAUGGCCAUAGUUUUUUGUGGCCUAGCUGCUGUAAAGGCAUUAAAGUGUCAGGAGUGUCUAACCGAUAACGAAGUGUAUUGUAUAGACCAAACUUCCUAUAGGAAUUGCAUCAACAGUAAACCUUUUGGCAACGUGAUAAGCUGCCCCACCGAUACCGUUUGCACAAAUUCCAAAAAUGUUUGUGUGAAAAGCUCUGAAAUACAAGAAACUAUUGUAGAUGUCUGUGGAGCCCCCGGUGGAUAUGAAUGUGCAUCGUGCACAACUCAAAACUAUGCUUGUGUUAGCAAAAAUCAAUUUGCAAGAUGCUCUGAUUCGGGUUUGGUCGAGUCCAACAUCUAUGACUGCGACACUGAUGAGAUUUGCAGUUCGGAAGCUCUUGAAAAAUUCGACAACAUAUGUGCGCCUUCUUGUUUUCUGAAUUUUCUCAACUUGAAAGCCACUUGCAGCAACAGUGAAUACACCACAACCACUACCGCAGCUCCGACAACUGUCACACCCAGCAUAGAUCAGAAAAAGGCUGCCUGCACUAAAGCAGAAACUGAUCUUAAAAUACCUGAAAACACCUCUUACUUCUAUACGAUCUAUCAAGGGGAUACUUCCUGUCACACUUAUCUCUACUGCGAAAAAAGUGAAACCUCCGAAUGGGACACCGUUUAUUUGUCCUGCCCCAAAACCAAGCCAUAUUUCGAUUCUACUACCAGCCUUUGCGUAUCGACGAAACCGUCUGGAUGCUCCUAAAUCGAUUAAUCCUUUGUUUGCAGAACAUUUAUCAUUAGACCUUUACUCUUAAAUGUUCAAAUGCAGCACCUUUACAUAAUAUAAUUUGGGAUUUGGGAACUA